GUCACAUUUGAAAUUCAUGUCGGACGAAACCGAGAGUCCUUACUCCAUGACCGAAUCGCUACUUGAGCUCCGACGCCGCAAGCCCAGCUACGGCCGCCUCUCGACGCAACUCUUCGUCGGAACCCUAGCUUGCCUCUCGUCGAUCUCCCUGGGCACGACGCUGGGGUGGUCGCACCCGGUGUCGCAAAACCUGGUCAUGAACUACGAGGACGUGGCCGACAACAAGCUCACCGUCCUGCUGAGCAUCUCGCUGCUGGGGUGCGGCUUCGGCGUGAGCUCGUGCUCGUUCAUGAUCAACCACUGGGGCCCCAAGAGGGGCAUGCAGUUCAUCGGCGUGUUCUACAUCCUGACCUGGUGGCUCAUCCUCAUCCCGCGCAGCGCGGUGCAGCUGCCGGGGCGCUUCUUCCUCGGCUUUCUGGGCAUUUCGUACUCGAUGUGCGGCGAGACCUUGUACCUCCAGACGGUGCACUUCCGCCUCAAGCGGUACAUUUCCGUCUUCCAGAACUCGUCCAUGGUCUUCGGGGUGUUCAUCAGCCACGUGGUGGGCGUCGCCACCACCACGUUCUACCUCAGCGUGUGCUGCGCCCUAAUCCCCACCCUGCACUACUUCUUCGUCCUGAUUGUCCCCGAAAGUCCCGUUUUCCUGUACCAGACGAGCCACGUGGCCGCGGCCAAGUCCCUCGCGUGGUACCGGGGGGAGGGGAACUUUUACGAAGACAUGGCCAAUUUGAAGAAGGAUUGGGACGCCACUCGGUACGACGCCGACUCUUACGGGUACAUGUUUACGGCCAAGGUGGUGUACAGGGGGCUGCUGAUUGUGCUGGGGGUCACGUACUUCCAGGCGUUUGGGGGCUACUUCAUCUUCCUGUUUUACGAAGUUCGGGUUUGGGCUGAAGGGAGCGUUAUCUCCCCGGUUGUGGACUCGACACUAGGGGCCUUUUUUUUCGUCGUUAGUAAACUCCUGUGGAGUAUUUCGCACGAGUUUAGGUGGAAAAACGUGCGGCCGUUGCUCAUUUCCAGUUGUUUUUUCAGUGCGUUGGCGUUAACGGCUAUUGCCGUGUAUUUAAUUUUGGACAAUUAUGGGUUCAAUUUUGUGAAGUGGCUGAACUGGAUGCCCACGUUAGCACUGGCUUGUUUUUUAUUUGCUUUCGAAAUGGGACUAAAUUAUUUCCCGAAGGUGUUAACUUUUGAAUACAUGCCGUUUCAAGUGUACAAAAGGGCCUCAAUGAUCGUCCAGUCCGUGCACUGGCUUAUAGCUUUCAUCAAUAUUUACUGCUUCGCAUCGAGUUUCACGACGAUUCCGACGUACGUUGCGUUUAUUAUUUUGGCAGUACAAGGCUAUGUUGGAACAGUGUUUUGUUACUAUUUUGUGGUAGAACCUAGAGGAAAAAGUCUUGUGCAAGUACAGCUAGAGUUGGGUGGCAAUCCUAUUGGAAAAAGAGGAGCGCUUUAUAACCAGACCAAACGUACGCAUGUAAUUAAUUAAGGUUAAAACAUGGUUUGUGUGAAGGUGUGAGUGAAUAAAGCGAAAUGUUAGAAAAGAA